CAAGGGAAGUUCCAAAUCUUUGAUGGGAAACGGGAAAUAAAUGUUGUUUGCAUGAAAAUAGAAAGAGGGUGUUUUAUAUUGGUGAUGGUGUCACAUGGGCGGGCACCACUUGCAGUGCCGUCUUUUGUAGAACUACCAAUAUAAAUUUGGCUUCAGAUAGUGCGGGAUCUUCAUCACGUGCUCUGCUUUUCUAGUUUUCUUCCUCCUGCAAAAUCUUAUCUGCUUUGCUUUGUUUCAUCAACUGGGUUUUUCUUGGGAACUGCUUUUUUGGAGAGUGCUUUUGUUUGGAGUGGCUUUUUGAGUUGACUCAGAGAAAGAAAGGAAGUAAAAUGGAGAGUGCUAAGAACCAGGGCAGCGCAGCUUCCUCAUUGACUGCUGAUCUCUUUGGUGUCAAGGAGCCACCACCCAAGUCUUCUACUGGGAUUUUUGCAUCUAUUUUUCCACCUCCAUCUCAGGUGGUAGGAAGGAACUCUUCAAGCUCUGAGCUGACAGAAUACUGGCAAAAACAGUCCUUGGGAAAUCAUGCAUGGAACACCAAGCAAGGUAGUCCAGCUAUAAGUAGCGAAGGUGCACGCUAUAGCUUACCCAACAAGGACUGCAGUUCAGUUCUUCCGGAAGAAAGAGCAGAACCAUGUUAUCUAAGUUCAUCUCUUUACUAUGGUGGGCAAGAGGUGUAUUCCCAGUCCCCAAGUACCCAUGCCUCUGGAUCCUACCCUAUAUUCAAGAAAGAUGGGGGAGAAGAUGAUCCUAACGGAAGCAAUUCGAACAGUGCUGCCCGAGGAAAUUGGUGGCAAGGUUCACUCUAUUAUUAGGACCUUUCCUUGCCUAGCCGUAUGAAUUCUUCAUCUAUUAUUCAAGGUAUUCAUGAGGCUUAGGUUUUUAAAGUAUGGAAGAAGUGUAAUAUAAAUAAGUGACUGAUGUGGGCAUUGGUUGCAAAAGAUGCUGAGCAGGAAGUGCAAAGCUUUUAUGUCGGUAUGAUCAACUGUUUCUUUGGAGUUUUACCAACAAGUUCCGAGUUUCCGAAAUGUUGAGUUCUUACUACUCUCCACUGGACUAUGUUUCUAUAUUGAGUUUAAAAGUUGUUUUUUCUGUUAAAUUGAAGCCUGCGAUGUCUCGCAGGCUAAUGGUAUGAGCUUCUUGCUCUGAACAUACAUGCUUGAAGUGACUCUGGUUUCUUAUGCAACGUGUUUUCUCAUUAUGAUAGGUUUA